UAUUUCAACGGUCAUUUUUUUCCUUAAACGGCUCUCUCUCUCCUCUCUCUCUGCUGGAUCGUCCAAAACUUCGAAACCUUAUUUCUCGCUCUCGUUUCUUAACAACAUCGGAAAUCUUCUCAGGAAAAUCGAAAAGAAAACAAACCGACACUCACAUUUUCUCGGGAAAAUCAAACGACGGAACAAGUUUUGGACAAAACCACUGUUUUGUUUAGAGGCGGGUAAUCAACAUGUCUAAUGUCCAGAGCGAUCGACUUCUGCAAGUGGAAACAACUUGUGGAACCCUUUUAUAUGAAUUGCAGAUAAUUUGGAAUGAAGUAGGGGAAACAGAUACUGAUAGGGAUAAAAUGCUGCUUGAGCUUGAACAAGAGUGUCUUGAGGUAUAUAGAAGGAAGGUGGACCAGGCGAACCGGAACAGAGCUCAGUUACGACAGGCAAUAGCUGAUUCUGAAGCAGAAUUGGCUGUCAUCUGUUCUUCAAUGGGGGAAAGACCAGUACAUAUCCGACAGGCUGAUCAAAAUGCUGGAAGCUUGAAGGAAGAGCUUGGAAGAAUUCUUCCACAACUUGAGGAGAUGAGGAAGAGGAAAUUGGAUAGAAGAAAGCAGUUUCAUGAGGUUGUAGAGGACAUACGGAAGAUCUCAAGUGAGAUCUAUGGAUCUGCUGAUCAUAAUAUAUUAGUUGAUGAAGCUGAUCUCUCCUUGAGAAGGCUGGAAGAGCUGCACAGACAGCUGCAUGAACUUGAGAAAGAAAAGAGUGAUCGCUUGAAGCAGGUUCAGCAGCAUCUAGAUACUUUGAAUGCACUCUGCUUAGUGCUUGGUAUGGAUUUCAAGCACACAGCUAGUGAGGUCCAUACAAGUUUUGGUGAUUCUGGAGGAUCGAGGGACAUAAGUAAUCAAACAAUUCAGCUUUUGGCUGCUGCAAUACACAAAUUGCGAGAGGUUAAAAUACAUAGAAUGCAAAGGCUGCAAGAUCUUGCAACUACAAUGUUGGAACUAUGGAAUUUGAUGGAUACCCCUGUCGAGGAGCAGCAAGAAUUUCAAAAUGUUACAUGCAAUAUAGCUGCUUCAGAGCAUGAAAUAACAGAACCAAACACACUUUCUCUGGAUUUUAUAAAAUAUGUUGAGGCUGAAGUUUCUCGUUUGGAAGAGUUGAAGUCAAGCAAGAUGAAGGAGCUAGUUCUGAAGAAGAGGUCAGAACUGGAGGAGAUCUGCAGAAAAAUGCAUAUGAUUCCUGAAGCAGAUGCUGCAGUAGAAUAUGCUGUUGAAGCCAUAGAAUCUGGAAACCUGGACCCUGCGAGUAUACUUGAGCAAAUUGAGCUUCAAAUUGCUAACAUUAAGGAGGAAGCUUUUAGCAGGAAAGAAAUACUUGAAAAGGUCGAGAAAUGGUUGAAUGCAUGUGAAGAGGAGAGUUGGCUUGAGGAGUAUAACAGGGAUGACAACCGAUACAAUGCUGGGAGAGGCACUCAUCUUAUUCUAAAGCGUGCUGAGAAAGCUCGUUCUUUGGUUAAUAAAAUGCCAGGUAUGGUGGAGGCAUUGGCUUCAAAAACAAUGGCAUGGGAAAAGGAGAGAGGUGCUGAAUUCUUAUAUGAUGGUAUUCGCCUUCUUUCUAUGCUUGAAGAGUACACCAUAUUACGCCAGGAGAAAGAGGAAGAAAGACGGAGGCAGCGGGAUCAGAAGAAACUGCAGGGACAACUGAUAGCUGAGCAGGAGGCCCUUUAUGGAUCAAAGCCAAGCCCUUCAAAGCCCCCGAGUGUGAAAAAAACCCCUAGAGUUUCAACUGGAGGUGCAAGCAAUAGGAGACUUUCCCUUGGAGGAACAAUGCUUCAGACUCCUAGACCUGAUUUACCUCACUCUAGCAAAGCUACACCACAUCCACGUGCUGGCAAUAAAGUAGAUCGAACACAUCAAAAUGAUCAUUUGAAACCCCAACAGGAUGAUGGCUUUGAUGCUUUAUCGGCUGGUAGGAGAGGGUUGGAUAUUGCUGGUCUUGCUACGAAGAAACACGCGUUUGGUGCUGUAAAUGCUCGCGAACCACAAUCACCAAUGCUGCGGCAACCUUUCUCACCUAUUUCUUCCACUGUUUCAUCAAAAUCCAACAUCUUGGAAGAAGCGACAACACCACACAAUGACACCUUUAAGAAGACACUUCCGAUAAAUGAUGUGUCCUUUAAAACUCCUUCGAAGACAAAUACUAUUGCAGAUGAAGAGAAUAGGAGGACUCCAAAGGCAAUGCCAAUUCCUAUGCCCAUGACACCUUCAACAGUAUCAGUACCAAUGCAGACGGCUAUGACCCCAGCAGUUAAUCCAGUUGAAACCCCUGAAGAAAUUGAGUAUUCUUUCGAGGAAAGAAGAGCAGGCUUCGUUCUUCCCAACACACAUAUAAAAUCAGUCAUACAACUAAACCCAAACCAUUGGUGAACUUGAAUGAGUGUGUGCUGCCACUGCUUGUUGAUCUAAUUGAUCUUACCUUUUCUAUUCGUAUGAUCUUCUCCAGGGACUAGUUCUGGAGUAAGUCAAUUGUAAUUGGCUUUUUGAUGGUGUACAUAGUCUACGAGCAUCGAAACGUGGUUUAAGUUAAAACUGUUACCUCUUGAUCGAUGCUAGCUUCUCUUAAUUUUCAGUGAUUUUUCUUAGGAGCUUCUAUCAAGCACUCGAAAGAGUUAAGACAGUGAUUUUCUUUCCUGUGAAUGUUUCUUGAUACACUAUUAGCCGUCAAUUUCUAGCCGCAUUUUGUAGGUAACUGAAGUAAAAGUCUUGUACUGAACUAGCAGUUUUAAGAAGCCUUUUCUUUUCCUAUGUAGCCCUUUUGUGAUGUCUCUGUUACAAAAUGAAAGACCGCUUUCCUAGUC